CCCCCGCGCGGCUCCAUCCCAUCGCCCCCCCAAACCUCUUCCCCUCGCUCACCUCUUAUUCUUACCACUCCCAAGUCCCAAUGAUGAAGUCCCUCCUCUUCUCCGCCCACCCCACGCCGCCGCUCCUCCCCGCCCCGCGCCUCCGCAGGCUCCUCCGCCUCCGCGCCUCCUCCACCUCCGCCUCCCCCUCCGCACCGCCCCGCGCCGGCCGCCGCCCCCCCCGCCCCGUGCCGUCGCGCCGCCCAUCCCCCUCCUCCCUCUACGCCCGGCCCAGCCUCCUCGACAUGGAGCGCGAGCGCGCCGCCCGCCGCGCUGACGUCGACGCCUUCCUCGCCUCCCUCGGCGUGGACCCGGGCGAGCUCGCUGGCCUCGAGCUCCCGGUCACCGUCGACGUCAUGCGGGAGCGCGCCGAGUUCCUCGCCUCCCUCGGCCUCACCCGCGAGGACCUCGCAGACUACCCGCUCGCGCUCGGCUGCAGCGUGCGCAAGAACAUGGUCCCCGUCCUCGAUUACCUCGGCAAGCUCGGCGUCCGCCGCGACGCGCUCCCGGACCUGCUCCGCCGCUACCCGCAGGUCCUGCACGCCAGCGUCGUCGUCGACCUCGCCCCCGUCGUCAAGUACCUCCAGGGGAUGGACGUCAGGUCCGUUGACGUGCCGCGCGUGCUCGAGCGCUACCCGGAGCUCCUGGGGUUCAAGCUCGAGGGAACCAUGAGCACUUCCAUCGCCUACCUCGUCGGCAUUGGCGUGGGUAGGCGCCAAAUCGGCAGCGUCAUCACCCGUUUCCCCGAGGUGCUUGGCAUGCGCGUGGGGAAGAUUAUAAAACCCUUCGUCGAAUACCUUGAGGGCAUCGGGCUCCAGAAGUUAUCUGUUGCAAGGAUAAUUGAGAAGAAGCCUUAUGUCCUUGGGUUUGGAUUAGAGGAUAAGGUGAAGUCUAACAUUGAGGCGCUGAUGGAGUUUGGAGUGAGGAAGGAGGCACUAGCCUCCAUUGUGAUGCAAUAUCCUGACAUUCUUGGACUUGAGCUGAGGGACAAGCUUGUUGCACAGCAGAGCUUGUUUGAGUCAAUCAUUUUAGUCAGCCGUGAUGAUUUUGGGAGAGUGAUCGAGAGGAUGCCACAGGCCAUUAAUCUUGGACGAACUGCGGUUCUGAAGCAUGUCAAUUUUCUUACGGCCUGUGGUUUUAUGCUCUCGCAAGUUAGCAAGAUGGUUGUGGCAUGCCCCCAAUUGCUCGCACUGAACAUGGAUAUUAUGAGGAUGAACUUUGAGUACUUCAAGAAUGAGAUGGAGAGGGAUUUGGAGGAGCUGGCUGAGUUCCCUGCAUUUUUCACAUAUGGCCUUGAGUCAACUGUGAGGCCUCGGCAUGAGAUGGUGUCCAGGAAGGGGUUCACAUGCUCUCUUGCAUGGCUUCUUAACUGUUCUGAUGCCAGAUUUGUUGAGCGCAUGAAGUAUGAUACAAUCGGAGUUGAGGAAAUGGAGGCUGAGGAAUCUUCUUACAUGAAUGCAUUUGCGGAGGAGGUAGAAAGUGAGGAGGAAGAGUACAGCGAUUAUGAUGACUCUGAUGAUGAGUUUGUUCGAUAAUUGAUUGCAUCGUAUCAAUUGCUAUCUGAUGAGCUUGCAUGUAGGCCAUAAGCUUGAUGCUUUGAUGUAUAUGAUGCAGUCAUUAGACUGCCAAUUUUGAAGCAUGUGUGCUUGGUAAACCAAAUGCUUUAUACAUUCAAACUGUAGAUUAGAUUUCCAGUAGUAUAUUCAGAUAUCCUUCAACGUUGUAUGUUUAACUGCAUAAUGAUGUACUUGUCAUCUUUCUUACUGACA